UAAACUGAAUUCUUGCAUUAAUUAAGUAAAUAUUUAUCAUUUAAGAGGAUUUAUUUGCCUUAAUUCUCUCUCAACUUCAUGUUGAUUUAUUCACAGUUUUGAAAUUAUUUUAUUUGUGGAACCUUUCAGAAGAGGGGCUUCUGCCUGUGCUUGUCAGAGGUCCUAUGGGAUUUUAUGCUGCUAUGGGCAUUGUUCCUAAGCCCACCUGAGCUUGCACUAAUUGACUGCAGUUCUCAGUUGUGGGACUAAGCAAUCAUGUAGGCAGGAAUCCUUGAAUCUCCCUUCUGUCUCUAUGGUGUGUGCGGCUGAUGGCAUGUGCAAGCAACCUAUUGCUCCAGUGCCUUCAUUUCUUUUUCACCUGUCCCUCCUUGCCACUUUGUCUCUGAGAUGCUAAUGCUGCUUCUUUUGAACCAGAUUCAGCGAGCUGUACACUUGAGGCCUUCUACCCCUUGCAGGUAUAAUGGAGAACUGGUCUCACUUACCUGAUCACAUUAUAGAAGUUAUAUUCUCAUACCUUGAAGUUAGUCAGUUGAGACAGUGUUUGUUGGUUUGUAGAAACUGGCACAGAUAUUUAAGUGAUGAAAACAAUGAAGUAUGGAGAAUGCAUUGUCUAAAUCUGCUUGCUGAAGAAGCAUUGAAGUCAGAUUUACUCUCAUCUGUUCCAACAUACAUGGCAAAACUAAGAGCCUAUUAUCAUGCAUGGAAUCCUAAUGAUUGUUCAAGAAAUGUUUACAUUAAACCCAAUAAAUUCACUCUCCAUCGUAACCCUGUAGCUCAAAGUACAGAUGGAGCAAGAAGUAAAAUAGGCUUCAGGGCUGGGAGACAUGCAUGGGAAGUGGUCUGGGAAGGACCUCUAGGAACCGUGGCAGUUGUGGGCAUCGCUACUGAAGAAAGUCCCAUGCAGUGCCCAGGCUACGUAGCACUCCUUGGAUCAGAUGAACACUCCUGGGGCUGGAACCUGGUUGAUAAUCACUUGCUGCAUAAUGGCGAGUCUCUGGGCUGCUAUCCUCUUCUAAACAAUGCUCCAAAAUAUCAAGUUGGUGAAAGAAUAAGAGUAAUAUUAGACUGUGAAGACAACACUCUAUCUUUUGAAAAAAAUUAUGAGUUUCUUGGAGUUGCAUUCCGUGGUCUUCCUACGAAAAUGACUUUGUAUCCAUCAGUCUCAGCCGUGUAUGGAAACACUGAAGUUUCUAUGGUGUAUCUUGGCCCGCCGUUCGAUGGGUGACCUAUUAAGCUGCUCACGUUUCGCAGUGUUCCUCAAGCAAGACAAAAUCAUGCUGUAGAAAAAUGUCCAGCCAAUUUGAACGAAAAUAUUUUUCACAGUAAAUAGAUAUGUUUAAUAUUAUUCAGAUCAGACCGUUUUAAAAACAUUAAAUUGCCGCAUGGUUUCUGUUAAUCUUUAAAAGAGGUUUCGUUGCUAUGAAAACGAUCUAUAAUGACUUGUGCUUUUUUGUGCCGUUAGAAGCUCAGAACUUGAAUCCUGAACAAGGCUGCUUGCCUUAAGGUGUGUCGACCAAAUAACGUUACGGGUGAAGGCGCUUACUGUUAAGUUAUUCUGGAGCAUUGCUCACAGUUAAGCUGUUAUUUUAUCAUAGUAUUUAUUAUUGUUUUGCUGUUUAGAUUCUACUAUUUAUUUUCGGAUCGCGCUCCAUAUUCUUAUAUGAUCUCAUUAGAGGUAUGGAACCUGCAUCAUCACGUCACGCGCUAGUCGUUGGUCACUGACAACGUUUUAUUUUGCUCUCUCGACGAAACAUGAGAUCUGAAUAUUGUUUUUAUUGCAAGGCCUUGUAUGACGAGAUUAGGACAGAUUUCUUUUCAUGCUCUGCAUCAUAGUCGUCGAGUGUGACUUUUAAAGCAAAUUAACUCCUCUUGUGUUACUUCUCGUGCCACAGUCAUGACGUUACGUAGCCUUCAGAAUAUGAUUUGCUGCACGUGGGAAGUAUUAACUUGUACUAUUCCAAUUUGUGAUAUUACUUUCAUCAGUUUUCUGUCAAAUGAAGAUAUUUUGAAGAAAAAAAAAUUAUGUAGAUGGAUAAUUUUGGAAUAUUGAUUUCCUUUAAGAAUUUGAGUCCUACAUACAAUUUAAUGUAAAUUGUGAGGGAGUUAGUUCAACCUUCAACACUUCAGUCUUCUGAAGAUAACUCGUGUUAAUGUCCUUUUCAUAUGCAUGUAGCCUUAAAGAUCAUUCAUUUAUUGCUUGCCAAAAGGAUAAAAGGUUUAUAAGAGAACUUGCAUGUGAAUUAUUAAAAUCAAUGCUCAUGUGCAGACAAAUUUGGAUAAAAUAGAGAGGCAGUGCUCAGUAUGCGUUUCCUUUCAGGCGCAAUUCUGUGAGUGGUUGCCAUCAUUCAUGUGCAUUCCAUAUCUUGCUCAGUUUAAACCAUUAAAUGUAUGGAUUCUGCAUCUACUUAUGAUGAUCGUAAUUUUUAAAGACAUAUUCUUGUAUUUAUUUUAUAUUGCAAUGUAAUCUUGUCUUAUUUUAAUAUUCUUAUAUGCACGGAGUGAAUGAAGCCAAGCUGACGGGUGAAGUAAUCUGGUGAAGCAAGUGUUCAGACUCAUUCACGCGCUAAGAGCUGCUGUUCAGUGUCGGCACCCGUUAAGACGGACGCAAACAUCGCUCAUUAUCGAGACCAACAGCAACACAGUUUCCGUUCGUCUGAGCAAGGCUUCUUCGUGAACUUGCGUAUGUAACAGAUGGCGUUUUUAUGUGUUGAAUGAAUACACGUUCCAUUUCUCAUCGCAACUUCCAAAAUGUCAGUUUUUAAACUAGGCUAGAUUUUAAAUUUCGUUGAAUCUGCGUUCUUAUCUUAAUUGAGGCAGAAAUUUAUUUGUUACUCAUGUAGUGAAUAAUGACAUUCAUCUCUUCAUUAUUUCAUUAACUGUAUUAUUCAUCGACCCAAAGGUCGUAAAUUAACUCUUAAGUGAUGCCACCACUGCCUCUUACAGCUAUUUAUUUAUUAUUUAAUGCACUGUAAGUUAUAUGUCGCUCUUCUGCUAAUAAAUCGUUCUAUUUGUA